AGUUUAUCAUGAGACCUGCCAUAAGUAUAUUGUUAGUGUUGUGGGUGAGUUUGGAGGUGGUGUGUGUGGUGCUGCGUCAGGCGGAAGAGCGCCUGGCGCACACUUGGGCCAACGCCUUCUGGAACCUGCUGGGGUACCAGAGUCCCUGCCACGUCAGGUCCCUCUGGACCUGGAUACCACUCGCCGGUACUCUCCCCCACCUGUACGACCUCUCGCGCUCCGCCUGGCUCCUCUCCACCAGCGCCCCGCAUCAGACGGCCGGGACCUCCUGGAGUAACAUCAUAAAGGCCGCAUUGGUGGUCUUUGCCUGCCUUCUGCUCUCUCAGGCCCUGGAGGACAAGGACAUAGUGGACCUGGAGAGUCCGGUGGUGUCGUCGACGAGUGGGAGCUCGGCUCCCCGGCAGGUAAAGGAUGGCUCGAGGCCCGUCCCUCAGGGACAACAGCAUUACUCGCUGCUUCAGCACCGGUGGUGCAAGGGAGCCCCUCCGCCGCCACCGGACACCUCCACCCACAGUGUCCCAGUUACCCCCCAAAUGGAGGACUUCAAGGAGAGAGAUGAGCAGCUGAAGAAGGAGAUUGACAAGUACCAGGAGGAGAUUGACAAGGCGCGGAAGGAGAUUUAUAAGGCGCGGAAGGAUAGAGAAAAACAGCUGAAGAAGGAGAUUGAAAAGGAGCAGAAGGAGAUUGAUAAGGCGCGGAAGGAGAGAGAAAAGCGGAUGAAGAAGUUGAAGAAAGAUAAGAAACAAGAGAAAAGGAGAAUGCAGAAGGAGAUAAAUAUCAAGUUGAGAGAAAAGGAGGCAAAGCGCAAAGCGCAGCAGGACAGACGACGCCAGCUGGUGAACAGAGCGGGAUAUUUCUUGCUGGGCAUCGCACUGGUCAUACUUAUCCUGUGGUGCGCCGCCAUCUUGGUGGUCAUGUGUCCGCUGUUGAUGGUAGCCUGUGUCAUGCUCUACUGACCAUGUGUCCCGCUGCUGGUGGUAGCCUGUGUCAUGCUCUACUGACCAUGUGUCCCGCUGCUGGUGGUAGCCUGUGUCAUGCUCUACUGACCAGGGAGCAUCAGGUAAAGAAGGAAAACCUGCCCAACCGCCUCUGUCGUGCCCGGGGAUUGUACCCGGAACCCUUGGGUUGUGAGUUGACGACGUAGACUACAGUGCUACAGGUUUCCUAUAUACCGCCAAUAGCAGAGGUCCAGCACGGGAUCGCCAUAGCCCCGAGUACCUAAAGCUAAAACAUCAACAACAACAGAGGUACUCGAGGCCAGGCUUCACCAAGCACUUAAGAUUGUUUACAUUUUGGCUAUUUUGUUUACAUUUAGCAAAGGCAAACGAAUCCACCAUGAUUAUUGGAAGAUG